AUGAGCAGCAAGGAACCGAAGCAGCAGUCGGCUUGCCUCUGCUUCCACUGCAGAGUGCGGCAGGGUGAAAAGACGUGCUUUGCGGACGAGGAUGACGUUUAUUAUGAUGCCGAGCAUAUCGAACAGGCCAAGGCGUUCUGGCAGGUGAUCAGUGAUCAGGUGGUCAAGGAAAAGAACCGCGCCCAGGCCUUAGCGUCUAUUGUCUCCUCGAAAGUUAUGGAAAUAGUGAAGUUCCUAGGCAAUGCCUUCGUCGAUAUGCCCCUCGACAUAGAGCACAGCACCGAGGUCCAGGCCGACCUGUUCGCCAUGCCCGAGAGCAUCCGCAUGUGCUCGGAAUGCCACUGCUUCUUCUCCAGAAAGGCCAAGUGCCACUGCAAAAAAUGCAUGGGCGAGGACUACCGCAGCCACUACGUCAUUCUCAUGCACGGCGUUAUCGCCGAACCCUUUUGCAUGGCGUACGUGGCGCAGGCGUUGCUGGCCAAUUACCCGAACCUGUUUAUCUACUUCCCGCACAAAAUUGCCGGAAAGAGUCUCGUUGGAUUGGAGCUGGUGCUCCAGAUGUACUCGUCAGAGCUGCAUGAGCUGUUCGUCAAGAUACCGAAACAGAUCAAGCUCAGUGUCAUUGGACACUCGUUCGGAGGUAUCAUUCUGCGCACGUGGCUGUUCUACUACCACCGCAAAACGCCCGGAGUUUACAUACCAAAGGAACCUGCUCAAGACGAAGAGAAGAAGGAGGGUGCGCCUGAGGCGCAAAAUGAGCCUUUAGCCGGGCCCUAUGAGCCUCCGGAGAUCCAGUGGUGCAACUACAUCAGUUUCGCGUCCCCGCAUUCCGGUAUAUAUGAAAACAACGCAGCGUUUAGGAAGGUUAUAAGUCUUGCUGGCUCCAAAUCGAUCGAUGAACUGGACAACCAGUCGGUUGACCUCUUGUUGCUGGUAAGCGAGCAAGGUCUGGAGUCCAUAAAGCAGUUCCAAAACAUGAUCGUCUACGGAAACCUCUGGGGCGACCACCUGGUCGCGCCGCGCACGUCUAUGCUGCUGCCGAGGUACAGAAUAAACUCCACAAUGAUCAAGGCCUUCACCAAGAAUGGGGAAGAAGACCCCGGCGAGCCACACGCCAUAUUAGACCUCAUGUCCAAGUACGAAGGCCCGAGGCCGGAGGACGAUGUUGGUGACGGAGUGGAGUCGUCAGUAAACAGGGAGGAAGCUGCCGAGAAACUUAUCAAGGCCUUCUACGCAAGGGUGGCCAAGGUUAUCCUCAAAACUUCCCACGUCAACAAACUUAUGUUCGACUCGGACAAGCCGAUCAUAGAAGGCGAUGACGACUCCGUCUGCCGCCAGGUGUUCACCGAGGAGGACAUCAAGGCCUUCACGAAGAUCAUAUCAGACCUUGUAGUCAAGGCCUCCGACAAGCUGGUGGAAAGGCUGCUCAGCAAGACCGACCUGCUCUACCAGGAGGUUCUGCUUACGGCACUGUGGGAACUUACGCCCUACAAGUUCGCAGUCUACAUGCCCAUCAUGUGCAUGCCUCACAAAAGCAUCGUAACGCCCAUGGACAUCCACGCAUACGACAAGCUCACCAACAAGGUCCUGACCCAUGCCGCCGACCGUUUCAUCGCGUAA